AUGGCUGUUGGGCAGCAGGUUGUUGACGUUGCUUGCAAGGUUAUGAUGAUGGAGAUGAUGAUGAUGAUGAUGAUGAUGAUGAUGAUGGAGAUGAUGAUGGAGAUGAUGAUGAUGAUGGAGAUGAUGAUGAUGGAGAUGAUGAUGAUGAAGGUGGUGGUGUUGAUUCUCCUACUCAUGAGCACGGCUUCUCUCGCCGCUGUGUCCACUCUACAUGGGAUGAAGUACACAGUCGCUGAGACGGCUCAGCUGCACAUGGAAGGAGGCAUCACCGAUCUGAAAGCGACCGACAUGAAGAUCUAUUGGGGUUCUCUGGGAGCUUGGAGUGAAGGGAAUGACAUCCUGACAUCCGACUCUGUCAUCGAAGUCUACCUCCCGCGGUUUUCAGGUGGAUCGAACCUGUUCGGUGCAUACCGGUCUGGCGGUGCCGAAACGAAUGUCCAGUGGAUGAAGCAGAGUCAAGUCGUUACCAUAUCUGAAAGCCUAUCCAAGACGUGGGCAACCGUUCCAUCUCCUGUUUCCAACCAAGCCGCAUCCGGAAACGGUCCUGGGGCCGGGGGAUGCUUCGGAAUAACACAAGACCUCUCGUCCAACGCGUUCGAUCUCAAGCAGAUACGUGCAGAUUCCUUCUCCAUGUGCCACUGGGACUCACAGAAAGAGACGCUCCGUCUGCUGGUGUCUUCGUCGCGUCGCAUCACCGGUGUAUACAUCAGCAAGGUGUCGCUCUUUCAGAACUAUGACGCUCAUGGCAAGCAGAACGGUCUCGGUCCCUUGCCACCGAUAGGAGGGAUUGACGAGCAGUGGUAUCAGUUGGCGCAUGUUGCCAUCUAUCAAGCCUCUGGCUCUCUGAGAGGCUGCGCCGUCAGCUCUAUCAGCGACUUCCCGUCGACGUCAUGCGCGAGCGAUCUCCUGGUGUAUCAAGUUCCCUUCGAUCAGUAUCGAUCUGUCAGGUUUGGGACGGACCUUCCUCCAAUCCCCACACGAAAGGGAGCUGGAGGCGUCGGCACAGUAGCGCCUCCAUCCUUCGUCUAUGCCGCAGCGUCUGGAAACAACGAUGGGCCGAAUCAAGCCGUGUGUAUCACCGUCACGUUAGUCAGCUCCUCCACCAUCUACUCCGUCGCUGCCAACCCGACCAUGAUCUCCCUGACUGGCCUGACGGGAAGCUUGUCGCCAAGUCAGUACAUUCCGCUUUUCCAGAGCAAGUGUCAGUGCGAGGGGUCGAGCACAGCACAGGAGCUCAUGCCUCCGAGGUUUCGAACCUCCACAAGCACGCAGGCUGUUGGUCAGGCAGAGUUCCAUGCCGAGGGGACCUUGACGCUGCAGCUUAUUCCGGGUCAGUACAUUCAAGCGGGAGAGGUCGUGACUUUCUCCUUCAGUUUGAAUACUGGUGGGAACCCCCAGACCUCCCGGGACUUGAGAGUUUCAUUGUCGGGUCAAAGCUGUUCGACGAACGACUUCUGCACGUCAUCCAGCUCUGUAUCGGUUACGAUCCCUCCUAGGAAGUUUGACUCCUCUUCCAAGAUCUUGGAGGUAGUUGGCAACAAGUUGAGAGUGUCCAUGUUUCAGAGCUCCAGCGAUCCUGGCUCUAUGACCAAUGUCUUUGUAACCUUGCAACCCAACUUCAACGUUGAGGUUGGGUCGGUGAUAAGCUUUCAAGGAGUCUGCGGCACACAAACGAACACUGCUUACGUAGCUCUGAUGAGCAACAGGCUAAAUGGUGGAACCCCGUUGACUGACAAGUGCACUGGAAACCCCAAGGAAGUCGACCUGGCAGACUACUGGCCCAGUACAAGGCUAGAUUGGAGCAUAGGAGGGCCUCUAAAAUUGACUCUAGAGCACAGCCUCGGCCUCAAUGCUCGAGGGACCUAUGCCCUGUCCUGGUCAUGGCAAAAUGUCAACACGGCAAAUUCGGCCUGCUCCCUAACGGUGACUGUGCACAAGGGAGGAAACGUCGUGAACGCUGAAGUAGUGGAGAACAUCGGGAGUACGGUUGGCAACGUGGCUCCUCCUGGCUUCAUCAAGUACAAGAUAGGACAGACUACCACUCGCCCGGAUACGACCAACUAUAUCUGUGUCACGCUCAGAAGCAACUUUCGAAUCUCAACGCAGCCCAUCUCACAAGGUCAGAACACUCUGGCUCAGAUUACAAUGUCAGGUCUGCAUGGCUCCCAGACAGGCAAAUCGCCAAUCAUCAGCGCAUGUCCGACCUUCGACUGGAACUUGUUCCAGCUGCGUCCUGUGGCUGAUCCUCCAACUGCGCAUUUCGUGGACAAGGUCGUAGGAGGGACGCUGCAUCGGACCACAAGCUGGGCUUCGGGAUCAGCUGUGUUGACUGUCAAUCAGGAUGAUAAGGCUGGCAAUGCUUACUUCUCCAUCCCCCAGCAGCAGGAUGUUGUGUUUGCGCUAGUCCUGAAGAACCCAAAGGGUCCCAACCCCUGCCAGUCAGUGUCCCUGAGCCUCUCAGCUCAUGGACCAGGAAACACUCCGGUUACGCAGACCGUUACAAUGGUUCAAAACCCUCUUGAUAGAGCCUUGGAGGAUGGAGAGGUCGAUGGGGAUGUCUGUGUUCUCAAGACUUACGACUACAACUUCCCGACGAGAGUCAUCGCGCAGUCGUCGCCUGUCGUACAGGAGAGCAACGUCAUCACCAUCACUCUGCGGUCUAACAUGAACAUGUUGAGUAGCUUCUACGGCUCUCAGAUCACCAUCUCUGGUCUGCAGGGUACAGACACUACGGGCACAAGCUUGUUGGCGACUGCGGUUUCAGACCAAUACUUCCCGAACAUUCAGAAGACAAGUUGGGAUGCCAGUCAAGGCAAGCUAGUAGUCUAUCUCGCCCAAGGGACCUGUCAGCUACCUGUCAAAGGCCAGCCCUCUUACUGUAUCUAUGCGGGCUGGACCUAUGUAUGGCGUUACACCUUCAAGAAUGGAGCCGCAGAGCAAGCAAGCCCGGCUGUGUCCAUCUCAUCUCAGUUUGCUCAAGGGAGGAUUACCAACCCACAAGUCAUGACUUCGCCGAUGAGCUCCGACUUUCAUGUCCUCUACAUGACCAGAAACCUUCUCAACAAGUACAACAUCGGACAGUUGAAUCCUGCUCCUGGAGCUGUCAAUCCUGUUUGCAUCACCUUGAGAGCAAGCAAGACGAUCACUGCCCCUACCACCUUCACCCUCACAGGGUUAAACAUGUUCUCCUCCAGCACCAACGUUGCCUUGUACGACGAGUACGCGACUGCCCCGCUUGCCGGGGGGUUGUUCCAGACGGUCGGAGCAAACCCGCAGAGCAACUACGCGACGUACGAUCAAUCAACGAUCCGGUUCCAGCUGGGUCCAUCGCAGUCUCUUCAAGAGAGUGUAAAGUACAAGUUUUGCUUCAGGCUCACUAACGCCGUCACGGGUCAUGCCACCUGUCCUCAGGUCUCGUUGAUCGUCGAUUCGCAUUCUGCACCAGCGGCGUUCAAGGGGUCGCAGGCGUAUCUGUGCAACAACGAGGCGAGCAGGAGGGUCACAGGCUACCCCUCCGAGCCCUCAGGGUGCGCUGGUUACGUCUCAGAUCGCAAGUUCGUAUCGUCAACCCUCCGGUCAGGGUCAAACGUGACUGCAAGUACUGCGUGGCUGACGAUGGAGCUACAGCCCAACUAUCCUCUCACCCCUGGCCACACAAUCACCGUUGGCUCGUUCCUGAGCAUGAAGAACGCGGGGUCGUCGGACGUGCCAUGUACGAUAGUUCGCAAUGGCCAGGUGGUCAACUCUGUCACCAAUCAGCACAGUAACAAGGGAAUCUUUGCUGCUGCUACGUUCGAGAGUGUUUGCAAGUUCAUCGACAACCAGAUCAAGAUUUCUUACACGGGGGGCCAAGGCUCGUCCUCCAGUCUGGUCUACGACCCAUAUUACGACGUGACUGCUCGCCGAUCGAGGGGUCUGUACAAGGUGGAGGUGAUGGCCGGGGGCUCUCAGUAUGGAGCUGCCAGCGUCAUCAUCUGUGACAUCACGCCUGGCGAAGAGUUCUGGACCAAGACGACCUGCACAGAUGCUGGAGUAGUGUUUGCUGCUGGCAGCUCAGCCAGGGCACAAGCGACCGUCUUGUCUGGCACUGUUGUCUCCAUCAAUCUCACGGCGUCGGGAUCAGGCUACGCUGUCGCUCCCCGCGUGUUCAUAGUCGACCCUACAGGGUCAGGCAGGGGUGCUCUAGCAAGAGCCUUUGUAUACGACUUGUCCAUCUACACGGUGCAGCUUCAGCUUGUCAAUCAGAACACUCCUGCCCCUGCUGGAAGCUUCACGGUCUCGUCUCAGUCGUUUGUACCUGCCGCUUUAGACAGCGGGGAUGGAGCUCUAUCCAAGUCAAGCUUGAAGCUUCAUGAUCACAAUAGCUCUCAGGUUGUCUUCACUGUCACUCCCCAACACAACCUCUACGAGGGUGACAUGCUCCUCGUCAACCUGCCGGCAUAUGACGUCAUCACUGGGCCGAUCUUUGGAGUUACCUCCUCCCCCAACCCAGCCUUUACGACCUUCUCGACCCAGCUGGAGUGGGAGCUGAACUACCACGAGAAAGAUCGGGCUCGAGCUUACGUCAGCAACGGCUGGGUAGCGGAUGGCAACAGGCAUCGCUCGGGAGACGGAGACGUUGACGGCUUGUUCGUGCUGUCGCCAGAGGAUGAUGGCUACAACAAGAACAAGGACCUGUGCUGGAGCCGAGUCUCCUGCCCUUGGGGCUUCCCGGACAGCGACAUCACCUUCUCGAACCCAUCCAGCACUUUGUCACUAGUCAAGGUACAGAGUACUUCUUCGUUUCUGGGCCACUCGCACGACAUCUGUUACAAGAACAGCAGCUUCAACCUGCCCCAUCCGUCAGACUACGUCGGUAUGCAGCUCAAGUGCCGCAACAACCAGCACCAGGCGACCGACGGAGGUCAAGUCACCAGCGUGCGAGUGCGACAUGGCGGGCUGACGGCCGUCAGCGGGAGGUACACAGAGACUUCAAGCAUCUCCGCUGCAGCACCGACGUUUGUGGCAGCAGCAGCUGGUGCAACCAGUCAAGCUACCGGGUCGCUGAUGUACCAGGUGGUUGGAGUUCAGUACAUGUCAGGCAGCUCCUUGACAGAUGGUGACGUCAUUGUGUUUGACUCGACCUACCAAGUGUCGCCUGCCGCUGCCUCUGUCUCGUCCCUCUACAGCACCAGCCCAGCUGUGCAUGUCGCGUCUCCCGGCUUGUACUCAGGCUUCCCGUACGCGACAGUCACUGGCAAGGACACGCAACUUCAAGUGCUGCUGAGCGUAUCGAGCGCCAGCCUGUCCUCUCAAGGCAGCGGAUACACUUCCAUCCCAACCGUUACAACCUCCCUCAAGCCAAGUGUUGCUCUGCCUUCCGAAGUCCAGCAGCUGGAGCUUCCCGUGUUUGACGUGACGGUGACAAAUGCUACCGGCACUGUCAUCACCCAGUCUAUCCUCGACUACAACCCAGCUAGACAAUGCUUCGUGGUGGCGGAAGAGUUUCCGACUUCCUUCUUGAGCGACUGUCAGGUCGUGCCCAAGGAGCAGGUCGGUCGGUACACCGGCAUGACAGCGAUGAUCGGGUCCAACGAGUACGUCAUCAAGCAGGGAGCAGGUGGCGUCUACUGGGUGGCAGACCUCAAGGGCAACAAGCCCCGGAGCGUCGACCUGGCCAACAAGCCCUACACCAUCUACACGCAGCUGCAGCUGCAGGUGGCGAAGGGCAAGUGGAUCCGACAGGGCGAGAGCGUCAGCAUCAGCAUCCCCGGCUACCGGUUCAAGUCGGUCCCUAGCAACCCCAACGCGUUCGUCACUCCCUCUACGGAUGACGCCUCCAAGACCAUCCGAGAGAGGACGAGGUUUCAGUUCGCGACGCCCAUCAGCGUUGGCAACGUUGGUAUGGCAGGAGCGACGACGGCAAGGAUGCUGAUGUUUGGUGGGGCCAUCUCAAGCAGCGACACCUGUACCAUCCCGGGGAGCGACAUAGAGGCCCCUCAGACCUCCGACGGGCUGACCGUCAACCAGGCACAGACCAUGACUAGUGUAGGAGCGAGCAAGCCAGUCUUCCUUCCUCCCUCGACGUGGGGCUCCGGAUAUCUCAAGCCCGCAUGGUUCAAAGGUACCUGCGCCUCAAGCAGAGCCUUGCACGGUAUCUUCAUGCUUGAUGGUCAAAGGACAGGCGUCGAAUGGAUCGAGGUGUUGUCCCCCUCCACUAGUUGCAGCUCCAACGUCAACGUUAUCAUCUCCAGCCCUUCCAAGGAUGCAGUAACCGACGCCUUGACAAACGAUCCUGUCUGUCCCGACGACUCCAGCCUGUGCACUCAGGCAACGGCUGUUGCGACGGUUAGCGGAGGCUCGAUCACGGGCAUUGCCCUGACAAACGGAGGGAGUGGAUAUUUCUUGGCGCCUACGGUGAGGCUGGUCAACUCAGACUCCAACACUCCUUGCGACGCCUUUGCGUCGCUCAUCUGUCUCAUAACUUUACAGCUCGACUGCAAGUGUCGCCGACUCAAACCUGAUGAUGUAUCGGAGCGAAAGAGACCAGUACGACUCGCUCACUGGCUUGCACUCUGCUGUAUUCUCCCCGGAUACGUCGCUGCCAUUGUCGUCACGUCGGUUCCCCCUGCCUCCUGUGCCGGCCCGAUAGAAAUCGAGGCUCCGCCUUCAGGCAGGACCGCAAGGGCUCAGGCAGCAGCAGCUGCAGGCUUGUCGUUCAUUCAGGUGAUCGAUGGAGGCUACGGCUACGAGUAUCCUCCCGCCGUCAGCUUUGCUUGCGGGCAAGGCGCUGCUCGCGCUAUCCUAGGCUUCACUACCGCAGAUGUUCACAUGGCUGGAACCAGGGUCAACUCUUCUUACACGGGGCUACAACCUGCCCUGCUCUCAGCUGUCACGUCAGCACCAGCCUUUCAGACUACCGUGGACUCGCCGGUGGUGGUUGGCUUCAACAGCGUCUGCAGCAACGGGGCUACACUGACCUACUCCCGGGCCGGCAGCGGAUGGAACAACUCGCGGGUGACUGGGAUCAGCCUACCUGUCGGCAUCAACCUCAACGGGUUUGCCUUCGGCUUCACGUCCGUUACCAUCAGCCCUUCUCCUGUCAACGCCCACGGGCUGGUCGACCCUGCAGCAGACGCUCUCGCAGUUCCCACCUGGUCCUUUCCUGCCUCAGGAUCAGUGCUUGUCAACGGAGUGGAGGGGGUGGUGCAGUCGCUGCCUGGCACCGGGUCAGGCAAGGGCGUGAAUUCAAUCAUUCUGUACGAUGGGCCGAGCUCCAAGGUUGAGCUGACAACCUGCGACAAGGCCGUUCUUGUCUUCAACCCUCCACAACGUCCAGGAGGGAAGACCUUGAAAGUUCAACUGCUUCAACCCGCUGGCUCCAGCCUUCCCAUCUACGUGAUCGUGCAGCAGGGGCAGGGGUACGCCAACAUCCCGAUAGUCGUUGACAUUGACUUCGACGUCGGAGGCUCCGCCAAGAGCUACUCCAAGGACUUUGCUGACCUCUCAAGCAGCCAGCAGGCUACCUGCAGGCCCUCCUACUUUGCCUUCAACACAGCAUACCAGGGCUACAACGUCUACUCGGCAUUCGUCAGGUCCUCCAGCACUUCAGCACAGCCAACAGGCCUGACGCUAGAUGGAGUGCUGAUGACGCGGGAAGGGUACGGGUACGAGACUGCUCCUCCAGCCACCUUGAGCUGCAGCGGAUGCUCCACCAGCCAGUGUGCUGAUCAGUACGCGUCCUCCAUCGCCAAUGACGUCUGCACGGCCUCUGCUCUCACCGUUGACGCUACGGUGAGCGGGGGAUGCACGGGAGGCUGUCAACGGCAGGUGAAUGUCAACGCUUUCUUCUCACCCAACAACGGCAACGGAAUGCAGAUCUGCUCGCCUGCUGCUGGUGCCGGUGACUACCGUACACGCAAGACGCUCCAAAUGCGCGUGUCCAACGGGCUAUCUGCCUUCUCAACCAACAACGUGUACACUGUUAGACGCAGCCAGGGCUUCCAAGGCGCGAAGGGCUCACUGAUCUUCAAGAUCACCGGCAACGGCGCCUUCUCCCUCUCGUCUCUCUGCGAGGUGCCACGAGUCAUCGUGGAGCCUCCACCUAGCGGGGGGGUGCAGGCUCAGGUCAACCUUGACUACCUCGACACCUCUUACGACCCUUACACCAACAGACCGUCCGCAAGCUUGACAGCAGCCAGCAAGGGGUUUGCAGCUGAGAAUGCAACGUACAGGUACCUGCUCAAGGUCGUCAAUGCAGGAUCAGGGUACCUCAAACCUCCGAGCAUCAGCAUAGUCUCACCGUCGGGUCUGUUGCCUACCUGCCCUCCUCCCAUAGUUGGCGCCUUCCCGAGGAACGGGCUGGUUGCGUCCAGGGUGGAGCUCAUUCGAAACAUUUCUCUCCCCGAAGCCAACCAGGGAAGUACUAAGGUCCAGCCGACGUGCAGCAGCGGAUCGUUCGUCGUCAAGUCACUUUGCCCAGGCUCCAAGCAGUACGAAGCGCUCGCUGUGAUCGGAUGGGAUGCUCGGGCCCAGCAGCCAGUCCUGCUCAACCAGGGCUUCGGAGAUCAGUCAGCCCGCAGACUUUUGCAGGCCUCCAGCUCAGCUCUGCUGGGGGUUGUGUCAGCAGGAGGGUUCAAGGUCGGAGAUUACAUCCGACUGGCCGACGAGGUCAUGCUAGUCAACGCGGUCAGCCAGCAGCAGAACACGCUGUCGGUCACCCGAGGAGCAUUGAACACCAGCGUUGCUUCCUCCUUCGCUCUAGGAAUCGUAGUCCGCACUUUCAACCCCGGCUCGGUGCUGCUGCAAGACGUCGCAAGCGACGCGACGACCAUUCAAGUAUCGGAAUCAUCAGGGUUCAACUCGGACAGAUACAUCCAGGUAGAGCAUGAGAUCAUGUACAUCACCAGCGUCGACGCCUCGUCCAUGACCGUCCUGCGGGCUCAGGAAGGGACGCGUGCGAGCAGCCAUGCCGCCUUCAAGCCAGUGGGCUACAUCCGUCCUUCCCAGCAGUAUCCUAUCGUGCUGCUGGAGGCCGUCAGCGCCAGUCAGACGACUUUGUCCGUGUCUGACGGGAGUUUCUUCUAUCCGGGCGCCUCCAUCCAGGUGCUGAGCGAGACCAUGGCGGUCACAGCUGUCUCAGGCGACACCCUGACUGUCCAGCGAGGUCAAGAGUCGACCUCACCUGCCGCGUAUCCCAAGCAGGUGCUGGUGACGCUUGUGCAAGGCUCGGCAAGCGUUGUAUCGGUUACCAGCAGCACGAUACCUUCUAUCAAAAGAUCCUCCAUGAAUCUCCUGAGUUUAACUCAAUCCACUGACGCCAUUCUUAAUGUGAUGGACCCGGUGAAGAACACGUCAUCGUCCGGCUUUCAACCUGGCGAUUAUGUGGGAAUUUAUAAUGACUUCUAUAUCUUGAAGGAAGUGAUGUUAGUGUUGAGUACUGAGACAGCUAGAGUAUCAGAUUAUCUUUAUCAGAAUCUGACUGUUGCAAGAGCACAGUUUCAGACGACGGCCAGCUUGUUUUCCCCAGGACUCCCACUAACUCUCGUCUCAAGUCCGCGCAUUGUGGAACAGAUGCUAAGCAAGACGGAUACAAACCCUGUCUUCUCCACAUCCACAGAUCUGCAAGCUGGAGACCUCCUGCGAGUCAGCUCAGCUUCAAAUGAAUGGCAGAUUGAAGUGAUGGAGUAUCAGUCUGAUGGGAGUGUACUUCGAGGAUUGAUCCCUGAUUACUUUGGCAGGUCGCAGGCAUCAUCCAUAUCAGCAGGAGCUCUUGUCCAGACCAUUGCACAGCCUGCUUACUUGAGUCCUCCUUACUGCACUUCUAAGAGUGGUUCAGAUUUGAACAUGACGAGUGUCUCUAGCUUCGCUGUCGGCGACAUAGUGUCGGAUGGCAUUGCGGUUUACAACGUGACAGCUAUCAAUGUUGGGUCAAGUCAGAUGACCGUUGAAAGCCUUUAUGUCUCAGGUGCUACUCCAUUAUGCUCGACCAAAUUUGGUGAUCCUCCUUCAUACGUAGUCAAGACAGAGGGCCUGAGGGUCUUGAGUUCUGCUGUGAAAGUCGAUCAAGGAAACUUUUUACAAGAAUAUCCGUUCUUGUUUUCAAUCAACUUGCAGACCGUGGUCUCUGAUUUCUAUGCACCUGGAGACUUUGUUUGGAUUGCUGACAAGAGCACGUCUCGUUCUGGCAUUUUUGUAGUUGAGGAUGUUGGAAACUACUCCCUGAAUGUCUCAGUUUUCUCAUUGGAUAAACAAGAUGAACCUCAAAUUAAUUUUGGGAUAGGCACAGCAGUUCUCUACAAGUACGAACGCUUCGAUGUGAUCAACGGUACUGCUCUCUCCCCAGGAGACAUCGUGCUCUUCUCGUGGUUAUUUCAGGGCGGAACAGGUCAAAUCAUUUCUGCCACUGAAAAUGAAAUUCGAUUGAAAAUCACUGGCGCAAGAUAUUAUUUUCUCAAAACUCCUUCUAGAUCAUCUUUGUACUGGCGUAUCAAUGAUUUGUGUAAGACCUUCCAGCUCCUCCCGGUGUCAAAGACGAGCUACGCCAGGUCAAAGCUUGCUCUCGCUAUCAACUCCGAGGUCAACACUAUGACUCUCUUUGACGCGUCCGGGUUUAGAGUGGGGGACAGCUUCACCGUCGACCAAGAGGUCAUGACCAUAGACAACCUCAACGGCAACCUCAUCCAGGUCAAGCGCGCUCAGCGAGGCACCUCCGCUGCUUCUCAUGCGCUGGACGCGCUUGUAGAAUGGACGGCGCCGCUAUCCGCUGCCGCUCCUCAAGUCUCGUCCGUGACCCCUUUGCUCCGACGUGACCAGCACUUGAGAUACAUCUCUCAGGUCGGCCCCAUCACCCUUCCCAGCUCAAUCCAGCAGCUCUCGAGCUAUCAGAAUGUAUGGGCAGAGCUCGACGAGGAGAUCAUCUUGAUCCGACAGCCCGCCUCAGGCAUCGUCAAGGCGUCUGAUCGGGGGCUGAGAGGAACAGCAGCGGCGGCGCACGUGAGCAACACGACCUACAACGUCCCCAACGCGUUCUUCUCCUGGCUCUUCUCCUUCAAGUCAAGCCUGCCAGGUGCAUCAGGCUUCUCAGCUCUGCCCGUAUACGACAUGAACGCUGCUGGAGUCAUCGCCUUGUCAGGGGUUCACGUGCUGUCGGGAGGUAGCAGGGUGACGAGCGAGCCGACUCUAGAACUCACCCUCAACCGCUUCAUUGAGAACGAGGCCCGAGGACAGUCGGUCGCAGGCCCUUCGUACUCAUACCGCACCUUGAUCCAGCAGACCUUCCUGCAGGUUGACCUGUCCGACAAGUUCACUGGGAGGCUCAUAAGGCCGAGCCUCAACUACCCAGCUGCCUACCAACCUUGGAGGUUCCCAGCUGAUCCUCUUUACUUCCAGGAUAGGAUGGACGGCUUUGAUCCUGCCUCCGACAGCUCCAUCCUGUCUCCUUCCCACAACAGCUCCAACGCCAUCAACGGGAGCUCAGCUGACCCCUUCGAGCCAGGCUCACCUGUAUUCGUGCUGGACUCCUUCGGUCACAUGCUGGGUGAUCAGGCGGUCCAUCAGCAGAGCAUCGUGGUAUCGGAUGGCAUCACUUACUCCUACUCCAUCAGCAGCAGGCCGUCCGUCCUCGACUCGGUCUGGAGCAGCCCACUCUUGCUGAUAGUCUCAACCUCCUCGCCUACAUCCGUAGACCUGUUCCUCAAUGACACGGUCGCUGGCGGGUACUCCAAUGGACAGCACACUGCUCUGCUGUCCUCCAGCACGAGAAUGUUUGUCUGGAAGACGGAUCCUCGCAAGCUCGCGGUGCUUGCAGGACCAGCAAGCUCAGCAGCCUCUUCGGCGAGCUUCACAUCCUCAACACCAGCACCUGUGGUCAACGUCGGCGCCAUCGUCGGCGGCGUGAUCGGCGGCAUCGUCGGAGCUGCUGGGCUCGGCAUGCUGGCUUACAAGCUUUUCGCGCACAAGAAAGUCGCAAAGUCAGCGGAUGUAGAGAUGGCGCCGGUGUACGAAUCUCAGGCGAUCGCCUAUCUCGUGCAGUACACUACACCACCUAUAGAGAGCAGAACUUGA